AUGAAGUUCGAGGAUUUAAAGAUCGACCAAAGAAUUGAGAAAGGACUCAGGGAAAACGGAUUUGUAAGCAUGAAGGAGGUCCAACAAAAAGUCAUCCCUAUGGCAUUAGAAGGCCACGACAUAAUUGGGUCGUCGCAAACAGGAACGGGGAAAACUCUUGCAUUUCUAGUUCCAACUCUACAGAGACUAGUAAGUCUCGGGUGGGGAGGAGGAGAUGGCCUUGGGUGCUUGGUAAUCACCCCAACACGUGAGCUGGCUUUGCAAAUAUUUGAUGUCCUCAGUCGGAUUGCGAAGUAUACAGUAUUGAGCACUGGGUUGAUUAUGGGGGGUCUUGAAGCGGAGGACGAGCUUCUGAAAGUAAACCAGAUGAACAUUCUUGUGUGCACUCCUGGAAGACUUCUCCAGCAUCUACAAGAAAACCCUUAUUUGAGCACUGCAAAUGUCCAGAUAUUGAUUCUUGAUGAAGCAGACAAAAUGAUCGAGAUGGGGUUUAAGGAGGUCCUAGAAGACAUACUCGAGUACAUUCCCCAGAAGAAGCAAACCCUGUUGUUCUCAGCAACACCAAAGGCCUCAACCGCUAGAAUCCUAAAGCUAGAAGACCCGAGGAUCAUCUCGAUAUACAAAGAAGAAGGAUUUCCGUCGCAGCUGCGUCAGUACUUCUACAUGAUGAGGACGGGAGACAAAAUCAAUUAUCUGCACACAUUUAUCGGAAGCAACCCAGAAGUGAAGGGAAUUGUAUUCUUCAGCACCUGCAAGGAGGUUAAGUUUCACUGUCUUCUGUUUGAGAGACUUAAGCUCCGUAACAGGAUCUUUUGCCUCAGUGGCGGGAUGUCGCAAAAGCAGAGGAUAGAUGUAUUCAAAAGGUUUGUGAAAGAGAAAAAUGGAAUUCUGUUCUGUACCGACCUGGGCUCUAGAGGACUAGACUUCCCAAAGGUCGAUGUGGUCAUACAGUAUGAUUGCCCGUGCAACGUUGAAACGUAUGUCCAUCGUGUUGGAAGAACGGCUAGAAACAGCGAGAGGGGAGAGUCCUAUGUGUAUCUCGUGCAUGGGGAAGAAAAGCUUCUUACAGAUAUUCAGAAGAAAGGGUGGAUUAAAAAGCAGGAAGGCAUGGAGGAUAAAGGCAUUUCUGAGGAGAUUACGGAAGGGCCUGGGGUCCAGAUUAGAUGCAUCAAUAAUAUGGUUAAGAGGCUUGUGAGGUCAAGUAAGGAGCUUAACGAAUACUGCAGAAAGUAUCUUGUGACAUACGAGAAGUUUCUCACCUUCAGCAGUAAGAGAUACUCUGAAGGCGUGAUAAGGAAAAUCCCAGCACUAUACGAACACUUCGGGGUUUCACGGGACCAGAGCCAUUAA